CUUUGGGCAAUGCCAACUUCCAAUCCGUGAGGCUGACGCAGUAUCUGCUAUCUGAAAAAUGGCGGACGCUCUGGCCAGUGCUCUGGAAAGAGUUCACCUCGCAUCCAGUACCUCAGAUGGCGCAGAAGACGAUUGGAUCGACCACAUCCUCGAAGAGCGACGACCACGCAAACGGGUAAAGCAGGACCAAGAACAGCUCCGGCGCCACCUGGAGCAAGAGUACUUGACUCCCUCAACUUCUUUCUCCACCGAAUGGCUCAAUAGAUUGCAGCAACGCUGGGAAGCCCCCGCCGACUACACCAGCCUCUUCAAGAUCGCGCCGACCCAGACACGCACAAUCACCCGUUUCACUCGAGAAGGCCUCGAAGGCCGUGUCACAGGCUACAAGGAAGUCACAGUCCCAGCCAACAGCGCCACAGCGAAAAACUCCACGUCCCUGCUCCGCAAACCCGCCAACCGAGCGGACUUCGUGCGCGGCGCCGCGGGCUUCUUCCCCUUUGCGCCGGGCGGGCUAGAGGGGGUAGAAGCGGCCGCGGCAUUGGAGGAAGAGGCUCUGAGAACGGAAGCUGUGACAGCGACAGGGCCGUCAAAACUCGAGCGCGUUAUAAACUUGGGUGAGGGGGGCUUGCUGGAGAUCCCGCCGGGCUUUGAGAGGGGGUUGGAUUUCUCGAAGGGGAAGAAAGUCAUUGAUCAAAAGGAGGCUGAAGAUGUUCAGAAUGUGCUGGAGGAAGAGCCAGAGGAAGAGCUAGCGCAGGACUCUGGGGAGGCUGUCAACGGGGCCGCGGAGUCUGAUGCGUCGGAGGACGAUGGGGAGGAUGAUAUCGAUUCCCUGCUGCCUGUUGAAUUCCCCGCACUGGAGCCCCGCGGUGUCCUGGCUGCCUCGAGUGCGAAACGAGGAGCGAAAGAAUGGGCGCAUAUGGUCGAUGUUAAGAGGGAGAUCACGAAUUUCAGAGAACUGGUUCCUGAUAUGGCAAGAGAAUGGCCCUUCGAGCUGGAUACUUUCCAGAAGGAAGCUGUCUAUCAUCUUGAAAAUGGUGAUUCGGUCUUUGUUGCUGCACAUACGUCCGCUGGUAAAACGGUCGUAGCAGAGUAUGCUAUAGCUCUAGCAGCUAAACAUAUGACGAAGGCUAUUUACACAUCGCCAAUCAAGGCACUGAGUAAUCAAAAGUUCCGAGAUUUUCGGGAAGUGUUUGAUGAGGUUGGGAUUCUUACUGGCGAUGUCCAAAUUGCUCCUGAAGCGAGUUGUCUGAUCAUGACAACCGAGAUCCUACGGAGUAUGCUCUAUAGAGGAGCUGAUCUCAUCCGAGAUGUGGAGUUUGUCAUCUUCGACGAAGUGCAUUAUGUCAAUGAUCUUGAGCGAGGAGUCGUGUGGGAAGAAGUCAUCAUCAUGUUACCGGAACAUGUCACAUUGAUUUUGUUGUCUGCCACGGUUCCGAAUACCUACGAGUUUGCUUCUUGGGUUGGGCGAACAAAGCGGAAAGAUAUCUACGUUAUUUCUACACCGAAGCGGCCGGUACCAUUGGAGCAUUAUCUCUGGGCAGACAAAGGCAUUCACAAGAUUGUAGACGCCGACAAGAAGUUCAUCGAGAAGGGCUGGAAGAGUGCAAAUGAUGCUCUUUCCGGAAGAAAUAAGGUUAAGGAGCUUCCCGCGCCCGAGCCAGCCAGCCGCGGUGGUGGAAACCAGCGAGGAAGAGGUCAAAACCAACGUGGAGGUCCCCAAAGAGGUGGUGGUCAGCAGCGCGGAGGCGGACAGCAGCGUGGAGGCGGACAGCAAAGAGGACGAGGUGGACCACCCAGAGCAAGCCAUACGCCUGGACAUAUGGGUAGAGGUGGUAGGCCAGGGGGUCGAACUACAGCAGCUCAAGACAAGACAUUAUGGGUCCAUCUCGUACAGUAUCUCAAGAAGGAGAAUCUGCUGCCGGCAUGUAUAUUCGUAUUCUCCAAGAAACGUUGUGAGGAGAACGCGGAUGCGCUCAGCAACCAGGACUUCUGUACUGCUACCGAGAAGAGCGCCAUUCACAUGACCAUCGAGAAGUCAAUUGCUCGAUUGAAACCGGAGGAUAGAGUUCUGCCACAGAUUGUUCGGUUGCGAGAUCUGCUAAGCAGAGGUAUUGCCGUGCAUCAUGGUGGUUUGCUUCCUAUAGUGAAGGAAGUUGUUGAGAUGUUGUUUGCGCAGACCUUGGUCAAAGUUCUCUUUGCAACCGAGACAUUUGCUAUGGGGCUGAACUUACCAACUCGAACGGUUGUCUUUUCUGGGUAUCGCAAGCAUGACGGCCACGCUUUCCGGAAUCUACUUCCUGGCGAAUAUACUCAAAUGGCUGGAAGAGCAGGUCGUCGAGGGUUGGAUACCGUUGGAUCUGUCAUCAUCGUUGCUCCAGGUGGUGGCGAGGCCCCACCCGUUACUGAGCUACGCCAGAUGAUUCUCGGGGAGCCUUCAAAGCUUCGCUCACAGUUCAGAUUGACGUACAAUAUGAUACUCAAUCUUCUGAGAGUCGAAGCUUUAAAAAUUGAAGAGAUGAUCAAGCGAAGUUUCAGUGAACACGCCACGCAGCAGUUGUUGCCAGAGCAUGAAAAAGCAGUAAAGGUCUCCGAAGCGGAUCUGGCAAAGAUCAAGCGGGAGCCCUGCGAUAUCUGUGAUGGGGAUGUAGAUUCUUGUCAUCAGGCAGCUCAGGACUAUAGGCAGCUUACGCUCGAUCUUCAUCUUGGUUUGCUAGCUACUCCUGUUGGGAAGAGGAUGUUUGCCCCAAAGCGCCUGGUAGUCUAUACCCGUGAUGGUAUUCGGACGCCGGGAAUUCUUCUCCGAGAAGGUGCGACAGGUGGGGCUGCUCCUACAGUCCACGUCCUGGAAAUCAGGACCCGGAGAGAUCAAAGAGACACGACAGAUUUGCUACCGUACCUGCCGAAGUAUCGAAAAUUGUUUACAAAGCUACCUCAGUUCAAGAAGCACAUCUCAACCAAAACGUUUCAAAUUCCAGUGGCUGAUCUGGAAUGUCUCACCAGGACGGUCGUCAAAGGGGUGAUCCCUGACAUCUUUGAGGGAGGUGAAGGGUAUCAAAUUGCAAAAGAAGAACUCGCACGCCUCUGCUCGUCAUGGGAGCUUGAUGAGUGGAAUGAAUUGGACUUUUCACGUAUCAAAGACUUGCAUUUGCGCGAGAUUCUGGCGAAACGUCAUGAAGCGGCAGUAUCUGCGCAGAAAGCGAGUUGUCUGAAAUGUCCCCAAUUCAUCAAGCACUAUGCCAUGUGCCACGACCAAUGGCUCAUCCAGGAGAACAUCUCCCAACUGAGACGACUCAUGUCCGAUCAGAAUUUGCAACUGCUACCCGAUUACGAGCAACGUAUCCAGGUGCUGAAGGACCUCGGCUUCAUCGACGACGCCUCACGAGUCCAGCUCAAAGGUAAAGUAGCAUGUGAGAUCCACUCAGCUGAUGAGCUCGUCCUUACCGAACUCAUUCUCGACAACGUGCUCGCCGCCUACGAACCCGCCGAGAUCGUCGCCCUCCUCUCCGCCUUCGUCUUCCAAGAAAAGACAGACAUCGUACCCAACCUCACCGGCAACCUCGAAAGGGGCAUGAAGACCAUCAUCGAGAUCUCCGAGAAGGUCAACGAGCGACAAACCUAUCACCAAGUCAUCCUUUCCGCCGACGACUCCAACGAUUUCGUCUCUCGCCCCCGCUUUGGCCUGAUGGAAGUCGUCUACGAGUGGGCUCGAGGUAUGAGCUUCAAGAACAUCACUGAUUUGACGGAUGUGCUGGAGGGGACUAUUGUCAGGGUCAUCACGAGAUUGGACGAGACGUGUCGCGAGGUUAAGAACGCAGCGAGGAUUAUUGGGGACCCGGAGCUGUUUACAAAGAUGCAGACAUGCCAGGAGAUGAUCAAGCGGGAUAUCACGGCUGUUGCAAGUCUCUACAUGUAAUGAGCUAUGAUUAACGAGCACAGAUGGAUGAUACGAGGCAUAUUUGGUAGUAGAUUGAUUGAAGCGUGCUCUCUUCCUUUCCCCUCACUAGAUGCAAAAAAUACCACCAAAAAGCAUAGAUACAUCCAAGCCC